GGAGGGGUGAGGAGGCAGGCGGAGGGCAGGCGCUUCCUCUGCUCAGCUCUGCUGUGGGAGUGUAGCUGCAGCCUGACGGGGCGCACAGCGCUUCUCCUCGGCCUUCCAGCAGCGGGGGCUGAAGGUGACUCGUCGAGCCGGAGAGGAGAGAUGCAGACGGCUCGAGCGCGUCUGGCCCGCUCCCUCACGCGCUGCUGAAACGUCGAGGGUGCUCAGAGCGAGAGAGAGAGAGACGGAGAUAAGUAGAGAGAGUGAGAGUGAGAGAGUGAGAGAAAGGAGGAAGCCGCGGUCGUCGCCCUCGAGACGCUGUGCGCGCAGCGCGUCUUUUUUCCCCCUCUCCGCAGCGCUUUGGCUCGUGCACGCGCAUGCAUGUGUUCUGCACCGAACGGGCGAAAGAAGCGCCCGCGCUCCGCAGGCAGCAUCUUCCAGCUGGGCAGGGCCGCGCAGGAGCGCCGCGAGAGCACGGAGAGCACGCGCAGAGCCCAGCGCGCCCUGGACGACUGCAGGAUGACGGUGCAGGAGUUCAACACUCUGGUGGCGCUGCACCGUGAGCAGGUCAUCUCCAUCGGAGAGAUCACAGUGGACUGUCCUUCUCUGCGCGCGCAGAUGCACCAGACUCGCACCAAAGGCUGCGCGGUGGCUCAGACCGCCUACCAGAGCCUCACCGUCAUCUCCGGGCCCGAGGACGGGGAAAUCCACCCAGAAAUAUGCAGGCUUUUUAUCCAGCUGCAGUGCUGUCUGGAGAUGUACAUCACGGAGAUGCUGAAGUCGAUGUGUUUGCUGGGUGUGCUGCAGCUCCACAGGAAAGGAAAUGAGCCCUGCCCUGAGCCAAAUGUAGACUGCAGGGUGGAUGAAAGCUCUGAUGUCCCAAUCCUGGAGGACAGAUCAUCAUCACCUGUUGACUUCCCCCAGGAGUCCUGGCUCGUGUGCACAGACAUUGAGAACAUAGAGAGUGACAUGCGAGAGAUGCGAAAUCUCCUAAGCAAACUCAGGGAGACCAUGCCUUUGCCAUUGAAGAAUCAAGAUGACAGCAGUCUGCUGAAUCUGACUCCGUACCCGCUGGUGAGGCAGAGGAAGAGACGUUUCUCUGGGCUUUGCUGCCUCGUGUCAGGCUGUGCUGUCAUCUCAAGAGUGUUUUGCCCCAACGCGAACUGCCUUCCUAUGGAUCACGCUGGCUUCCUUCUCAUCUUACUCUUCAUCUUGGCCUCAGUAACAGCCUCUUCAGGCUGCUUCUGUGAUCACUACCCAUGGAGCUCAUGGUCCUACUGCACCAAAACCUGUGGGGAGGGGACGCAAGAACGUACAAGAAGUGUACGGUAUGAUGACCACUGGAUCAAGAACAAUUGUGCCCGUCUGUGUCAGACACAUGAAAGCAGGACGUGUGCUGUAGAGGCGUGUCCCAUACACUGCCAAUUAACUGACUUUGGACCGUGGUCAGAGUGCUCACCUUGUGCCAAAAAGAUGUUCAGGAUCAGGUCUGUCCUCAGGCCAGCUCAGUUUGGUGGACAGGACUGUAGUGAAUCGCUGAUGGAGGAAAGACCCUGUCAUACAGCUAAGAAAUGCCAAAUUGAGCCAGUCAACUGCAAGGACAAGUUCACCUGUGACAGUGGCAGAUGUAUAAAAGCUGUUCUUGAGUGCAACGGUCAAAAUGACUGCUUGGACAACUCUGAUGAGAAGAAUUGUGGCAAAAUCAAGCAUGUAUGUGCGACAGACAGACAGUUUGCUGGCCUCCCUGGUGCUGAUCUGAUUGGUAACGGAUUUGAUGCUGUUGCAGAGCAGAUGAGGGGGGCUGUUCUAGAUAACACCUACAUGGGUGAGGAAUGCUCUCUAAACCGCAGCAGAGCAAACAGGAAGGUCUACCGUAUCCCAGCCAACAUUGAGAACUACGAGAUCAAAGUGGAGCAAAUUGAGGAUAUUAAAGAAAACCCACCAGUGAAAACUGAACAGAUCUCUUUGAGCAGUGAAAGCUCAAAAUAUGAAACGCCUCAGCAUUCUGGCAGUCAUUUUGGAAUCCCCAUCUUUUUUCACCUUGUAAGGCACUCUCAGUCAUCCAGAUCCUAUAAGGAGGAGAUGAAAGCAUUUCAACAAAAGGACUCUAGGAAUUUCAGGACACACCAAGUUAUAGCCACAUCAUCUUUCAGGACAAAAUCAUCUGACCUGUAUUUAUCAGGUCCGUUUCUAAAGUUCCUCAACAGUCUUCCUCUGGAAUACAACUAUGCCCUCUAUAGGCAGAUCUUUCAGCUGUUCGGGACACAUUAUUUUGUCUCGGGUACACUGGGAGGGCAGUAUGACCUGCUUUUUCAAUAUAGCCAUGAAGAGCUGAAAUCUAAGGGUAUGACAGAGGAGCAGGUUAAAAAUUGCGUUGGACGACAAUUUUCCAUCUUCAUAUUCAUUUAUUCCACGUCAUCACAUAGCACAAGAUGUGGUACCAACAAGGUGACCACUACAUAUGAAGGAUCCUUCCUCCAGACCUCAGAGAAGUCCCUCUCUAUAGUAAAGGGAGGAAGAUCGGAGUACGCUGGAGCUCUGGCCUGGGAACGGAAUGGCGCCCCGCCAGACAGCACUACGUACCUAGACUGGAUAAAAUCUACUAUAGACAAUCCCACAAUCAUAGAUUAUGAGCUGGCUCCUCUGGUGAAUCUAGUACGGGGUUUCCCCUGCGCUGUAACUAAGAGACGGCACAUGGAAAGGGCUCUGGCUGAGUAUCUAGCGACCUUUGACUCCUGUAAGUGUGCCCCUUGUCCAAACAAUGGUCGGCCUGUCCUGGCAGGGACAGAGUGUCUGUGCAUCUGCCAGACCGGGACCUACGGGACCAACUGUGAGAAAAGAGCCAAGGACUAUACUUCAGAGGCAGUUGAUGGGUACUGGAACUGCUGGAGCUCUUGGAGUGCUUGUGACUCCUCUUUGAAGAGGCAUCGUACACGCAUCUGCAACAACCCUGCUCCUCAGAGAGGAGGCAAGUUGUGCCAGGGCCCCGAGCGCCAAGAGGAAGAGUGCCCCAUCUCUAUUUUCCAAGAGCAGAAUGUGUGCAUUAAUGAUGACGACUUCACAACGGAGGGUGACAGUGAGAGCAAAUUGCCUCCUGGAGUGUCUGGCUGUCCCAAACCAAAGCCUCCUCCCAACAGCUACCUAAGGGUCAACAAAAGACAUUAUAAUUAUGGGGAUCAUGAAGAGUUUAUGUGCUUCACUGGUUUCGAGUUGGAUGGCUAUCAGCUCAUCCACUGUCAGAAGGACGGCGCCUGGGAGGAACCUAAGGGGCGCUGCUUGAAGAGAAUGUGUUCCAGACCUACAGUUCCAGAGGACAUAAUCAUAAACCCAGGCAAAGUGGAGUACCAAGUUGGAUCCAGCAUCAGGGUGAGCUGCUCAGGCAGUGGCACAAGCCCAGUGGGGCCGCGCUUCUACAUUUGCACCAGUGCACUGACCUGGGACCCACCCAUCCCUCACGAUAUAUACUGCAAAGCUGAUGUGCCUUUUGUACAAGACAGCAAAUGUGGUAAAGGAGAGCGUCACGAUGGCUCCAAGUGUGUCUGUAUACCUCGAGAGGACUGCAGGACAUACAAGGAGGACUUCUGCGUUUUGGAUGCAGUGAAAGGAAGCACCAUGAUGAUGUCCUUCUGUGCCUUUCACGCUGGGCGUUGCCAUGGAGAUAAGCUGCAUUUCAUGAACGAUGGGCUGUGCAAAAGCGAUGUGGCCAGCCUGGACUGGGCCAAAUUCAGAGCCAGUGUGUCUGAAAAAAGCUCUGUGCAGGAGCCCUGUGGAUCAAACACCUGUUACGAGUGGGAGACCUGCUCAGAAUCAACUACAUGUGUGUGCAAGUAUCCCAGAGACUGUGCAAAGAAUGAGGAACACGUUUACUGUCUGAAUAUUCUGAGACUACAACGCAAACGGGCCAUGAAUUUGUGCAGCAUGGCUGCCAUGAAGUGCCAAGGUUAUGAGCUUGAGGUUCUUAAUAAUGAUGAAUGUAAGAGCUCCUAAUUUCAUUUACUCUAGUUAGACAUAUCUGUUUUCUAAUCUGAAGGGUGGAGUAUUUUCACUAAGUUCAUGUAUAAGUCACUCUUUCAUGGAUAUCACAAUUAAAAUUGUAUACAAUGUAAUUUUAAAUACUUUGAACUCAAUAUAUGUGUGGAAUACA